GCGCAAAGCGCAACGCACGCGCACACACUCGCACCUUCUAAAAUUCCAAUCGCAAGCUCACUAGACCCAAGCAGUGGUGUGGCGAGACCGCGAGAGCACGAAGAAGCAUGGCUGCGCGCAUCACGGCAACGUUCCUCCCCAUCCUCUCUCUGCUCCUGCUACUCGCGGACACCGGCGCCGCUGAGGACGACAAGGCGUUCGUGUACGCCGGCUGCUCGCAGGGGCGGUACGACGCCGGGACGCAGUACGAGUCCGGCGUGGACUCCGUGCUCACCUCGCUCGCCAACAGCGCGCCCUACGCCCCCUACGCCAACAUCACCUCCCCCUCGGCAGCAGCCCCAGUGGCCGGCCUCUACCAGUGCCGCUCCGACCUCCCCGCCGCCGUCUGCAACGGGUGCGUCCGCUCCGCCAUCUCCAGGCUCUCCUCCCUCUGCUCCUGGUCCACCGGCGGCGCCGUGCAGCUACACGACUGCUUCGUGCGCUACGGGAACGACUCCUUCGUCGGGAAGCCGAACACGGCCGUGCUCUUCAAGAAGUGCGGCGGCUCGCCUGGGGACGCCGGCGGUGUGGCUAUGAGGGACUCGGCGCUCGGCGCGCUGGCUGCCGCCGCGGCGCCCGCCGGGGGAGGGUACCGAGCGGGCGGAUCCGGGGGCGUGCAGGCCAUGUCGCAGUGCGUGGGGGACCUCGACGCCAAGGCAUGCUCCGACUGCGUCUCGGCCGCGGCCAGCCAGCUCAAGGCCGGGUGCGGCUCCGCCACCACCGGCGAGGUGUACCUCGGCAAGUGCUACGCUCGGUUCUGGUCUAACGGUGGCGGCUUUGCCAGCAGCAACGCCGUGCACGGUGAGCGGCUGUUUCUUGCCGUCGCCGGCGGUUUCUUCGCUUCGGUGGUCUACUUCUCGCUGGUGCUAGCGUAGUUACAGUUGCAGGUUUGCACUUUGCAGUAUUGUGUUAAGAUUAGCUAUGUUGUGCUAUUGCAAACGCGUAUGUCGUCGUAAUGCUCGUAUGAUACAGUGCACUUUUGCUCUGGACGUGCUUAGCAAAAAAAUAUCAUACUCGUACGUGUAAGCUGUAACCUAGCUGAAUCUCUGAAGUGUGUAACUGUAAAUCUGA